AUGUCUUGGCGUGAAAUCAUCCUGGCCGGCAGCCUCGUCAGAAUAGUCACCUCCCGACCCAGCGCCUCCACACCAUCCACCUCCGUCAACACGAACGAAGCCACCAUCCUCUUCUACCACGACUUCAACCUCUUCGCCGCCUCGGUCGUAGCGGCAGAUGCCUGCUCCACGACCUACAUCUUCGACUGCACGGCCGCAGGGUGUAAUCUCAGCGGUCAGGUAACACAUACGCAAAGUGCCCUCGGCUAUGACGAGACCUUCAGUCCGACCAGGGAUCCAGCAAUCAUGGGCGUCUCGAUGUCCUGCUCUGCCAUAUCCGGCAGCAACGCAGCGGUCUGCACGAGCACGAGAUCCAUCGCUCAUGGGGCUGUGGAAGCGAGCUCGAUUACCUUGACGGGGGUCGAUGCCUCGCCAGCUUUCGUGCAGAUUACGGCUGGAGGGGAACUGCUGGCUAUGGCUACUGGCGAGUGUGAUUUGAGUACUAGGAGUACUAAGAGCUCGACCAGCUCAGUCCCAGUGACGGCCCCUGCUAUCGUGCCGGUAACGUUGAGCGAGACGAGUAGUCAUCCGAGCACGACGCUUAUGUCCAGCUCAUCCAAGGAAGUGAUCGUCACGGUGCCGUUCUUGACCUCUUGGAGUACUGCUCUAGCUGCUUCGAUUAUAUCAGCAGAUGCUUGCCAGACCACGAUGGCGUUGCAGUGCGCAGAUGCUAGUGCUUGCCCCGGUUUGACUGGCACGAUCAUGGCAUCAGCCGGCCCAAGCUGGUACGAGCACAACUUCACCGCCCUCACCAGUAACCAAGCGACAUCCAUCUCCGAAUCAUGCACCUUCAUCACAGGCCAAGCGACAUGCAAGGAAAUCGCACAAUACUCCCUCAGUGCCACGGCCUCAGCAAAUACGACUACGCCCACCAUGAGCUACUCCAACGGUACGAUUCGUGUGACGGGCGGCCAGGACAAAAUCCUGGCAGUUAUGGGUUCGUGUACGUCUAUUCACUCGGGAGCAGUGGCUACGCCGGCGGUGCAGGUGUAUAAGGUGCCUGUGGUUCCUGCGGCUGCUGUGGUGGCGGUUGUUGGUUUGCUUAUGUAG